AUGAAUCAAACCAAAACGGCACUGGAUAGUGGUGCUCGUUACACAUCUUUGCCAGCCAAUAAUCAUGGUGCUACAACACCCAAGAACCCCGACAUUGGUAAUAUUAAUAAUGUCAAAACAACCAUCAAUAUCGACGGUAUGACGUGCUCAAGCUGUACAAACGCAAUAACCAACGCAGUGGUCAAAAAUUUGGACGGUAUAAACUCCUUAAACAUAUCUCUCAUGACAAAUCAAGCGGUUAUUAGCCAUGACCGAACCAAAACAUCCCCGAAAUUGAUCAUUGAUACCAUUGAGGAUUGCGGUUUCGACGCAACUCUUGUAUCUUCAAUAAGUGAUAUCCCAGACAAUCUGAAAGAGGUCAAUACCAAUCAUUAUCAUAACCAUCAAAGUUCCUGUAUUAUAUCGAAAUUCUCGGUCCAAGGAAUGACUUGUUCGGCAUGCACGGAUUCCAUAACCAACGCUAUAAGUCAGUUGGAAGGAAUUCAAGAUAUCAACAUCUCUUUAUUAACUAAUGAAGCAAUUAUCAAACAUGUAUCAGCCGUAACAUAUUCAGAGAUUGUGAAUGUCAUUGAAGAUUGUGGGUUCGAUGCUCGUUUUAUUGAAUCAGACACUGUAGGCACCACCACUCUGAACCCCAUAAUUUCCAAAAUUGCCGUCCAAGGAAUGACCUGUUCAGCGUGUACUGAUUCGAUCACCAAUGCCAUAAAUCAAUUAAAGGGUAUCCAGCACAUUAACAUCUCUUUGCUAACCAAUGAAGCCAAUAUUAUACAUUUGCCGUCGCUCUCGAAUUCUGAAAUUAUAAAUACCAUUGAAGAUUGCGGUUUUGACGCUUCAUUGAUCUCAUCUCUUCCAACUGAGAGAUCUUCUUCUUCAACCGCAACCCCUCUUGAGAAAGUGGUACUUCAAUAUUUUGGCGAUCUUUCUGAAAAUAUCGUCAAGUCUCUAGAAACAAGUUUUCCGGGAAUAUCUUCAAUUUCUCUUGAUGAAACUUCAACCACCUUGAUUAUUAAUUAUAAUCCAUCUAUCUCAGGAAUCCGUUCCAUAGUUGACUUCCUAAAAUCUCAACAAAUUGAUACUCUAGUCCUCAAUUCCACCAGUCAGACUACCCAAUCACAGCUUUCUCUACUUUCAAAGCAUAAAGAGGCUCUUCACUGGCGCUAUUGUUUCUUUUUGUCUCUUGUGUUAGGGCUCCCGGUGUUUCUUAUGGGCCAUCAAAUUCCUCAAAUAUUGUCACAUUUAUCGCAGUCUUCUUUAUCACACUUAUCGUGGCUUGAUUUCCAACUAUUGUUGCCUGGUUUGUAUUUUUGGGAUGUGAUGAGUCUUCUUUUGAGUGGAUAUUUACAAUGUAAAGUCGGCUUACAUUUUUACAAGACAGGUUGGAGAAAUUUAAGAUAUGGAGGAGCAGCAACUAUGGAUGUUCUUGUGGCCACUUCUAUCGGAGUAUCGUUUUGGUUUUCUAUAUAUUCAAUGAUUGUCAAUGUGAUCUCGCAGCCUACCAGUGAUUCUCCAAAUCACUCUGCACACCACCCGAUGCUUUUAUUUGAUACCGCUGCAAUGUUGUUAAUCUUUAUCACCCUUGGAAAAUGGUUAGAGAGUAAAGCCAAAGGGAAAACUACUUCGGCGCUAUCCGAAUUGAUGAAAUUGGUUCCGUACUCUUGUGAUGUAAUUGUUGAACCACAGCAAUUUAUGGGUUCUUUAGAGUUAUCAAAGCAGAACCAGGACUCUUCUUUUGAUCCAUCAAAUUUCUCAAUUCAGUCUAUAUCAGUUGAUUUGCUACAAUUGAAUGAUAUUGUUUAUGUUGCUCCGUCUUCUAAAAUUCCGGUGGAUGGAAUUCUUGUCUGCGGAACAUCAGAAGUCGAUGAAUCACUUUUGACCGGUGAAUCAUUACCGGUUCCAAAAACCGUUGGGUCCCAUCUCAUUGCCGGUUCUAUAAACUUAUCAUCACCAAUCUUUGUCCGCACAACGAAAGUCGGAUCGCAGACUACUAUUGCCCAAAUCAUAAAGUUGGUAAGGGAUGCACAAUUCUCACAUGCUCCAAUUCAACAGUUCUCUGAUAGAGUGGCCCUGGUGUUCGUUCCUCUGAUUUUGACAUUAGCAUUGUUGACCUUUGGUUGGUGGUACAUUGCGAUCUCAUGUCAUUUUAUAGACAGUGAUUCAUGGUACUAUUCAAUGAUAUUCAACGAUGAUUCCAAGUCCCAUUUCUUUAGCGUGUUAAAAGUAUCAAUUUCCGUGGUAGUUAUUGCCUGUCCUUGUGCUCUUGGGUUGGCGGCGCCAACUGCAGUUAUGGCAGGAACUGGAAGAGGAACCAGCUUAGGUGUCGUAGUGAAAGGCGGUGAAGUCUUUGAAAAAAUGACUAGUGUUGAUGCGGUAGUUUUUGACAAAACCGGAACUUUGACCACCGGAAAAAUGGGAUUGAUAGAAAGUAGCUUGAUUAUGGCAGAUAUUCCAGAGUUGUCUACACCACUAAAUGAAAUUUUAAUUUGGAAAAUGAUCAAGUUAGCAGAAGAUGGAGUCUCACAUCCUAUUUCUAGAGCAUUGGUGGGUGAAGCCAGUAAAAAACUUGAAUCAUUGAUUACCAAUAAUCUAGGGAGUAACGAGAACGUUGAAUGUCUUAAUGUUGAAAAUAUUGUUGGCCAAGGGAUCAUUGCCACCUUGAACUUUGGUGAUCGGAUCAUGGAAUUUAGAAUCGGAAACCGGAAAUUAGUAAAUAUUCCCGAAGCAGAUGGUUCUUCUGUGGCUUCUACUGGAACAAAGAUUCACAUUUCUUUGUCUGCCAGCUAUUUGGGGCACCUUGUUCUCUCUGACAGGCUCAAACCUGAUGCCCGGGCCACCGUUGCUGCACUUCACCAACAGCAGAUCCAAGUGUAUAUCAUCAGCGGUGAUUCACAUGAUAUCACCAGGAAAAUUGCCGAUGAGUUAGGAGUCGACUCGCUGCGAGUCUUUGCAGAAGUGAGUCCGGAGGGCAAAAAGGAAAUUGUUGAGCAGUUGAGAAAUCAAUUCAAGUAUGAUAAUAACCAAGAGCAGGGCUUGUCAAUAGAAGAAGAUAUUGAAAUGGGAAUUGUUGGAAACUCAACUAAUGAUGAUAAUGAAAUUUCCAGAGAUGAAUUGAACAUUGAUGGUUUCAAGCUCAGAAACGUUGGGCGCUCAACAACGGUAUUUGGUCGCUUAUUCCGCUUUGUUAAUCGCAAAAUCCUGUCAUCAUCCGCUUCUACUAGUAAUUCCGACAGCGCCGCUUCGGUUCUCUUUAUCGGAGACGGUAUCAAUGAUGCUGCUGCCAUUAGUGCCGCUGAUAUUGGUGUGUCAUUCACAGGCUCAACUGAUAUUGCUGCUCUGAGUGCGUCCGUCCUUUUGCUUAAUGAUACAUCACUCCAUCCAUUGCUUGUAUCAUUACAAUUGGCAAAGACAACAUUUUCAACAAUCAAGUUGAAUUUCAUCUUGGCGAGUAUUUAUAAUUUGUGCAUGGUGCCUUUGGCGAUCAUGGGGGUCAUGAAUCCGUUUUUGGCUGCUGCUGCAAUGAGCAUGAGCAGUGUUUGUGUAGUAGGCAAUUCUUUGAGAUUGAAUCACUGGAAGCCAAAUGAAUUGCUGUGA